AGAACUCAACCAAAAGUCAAAGCCUCUCCCCAAGCAAGACCACGCUCAACCUCUAACACCAGCAUCCACACAUAUACUACCACUGUAUUUAUUUUCUCUUUUAUAUAUGCUGCUACAGUGAACCUCCUACAGAGAAAAACGUUUUUGAUUAGAUAAUUGGGAGACUUAAUAUGUAAUUGAGGCUGUGAACAUAGGCAUUGCCGCUGUUUUCCCCCACAGUUAAACAGCAAAGAAGCCAGUUAAUUUGUAGUGGAGUUGUAGGAGGGUUUUAAAUGGGUGGGCAGUGGAUUUGCUCUGCGUCACAAUCAAUGGCUUGAUUACCAGUGCCGACGGGUCUGGUAAGUCCCUGACAGAGGCGCUCUGGUCUCGGGUCCUUCACGAAGAGCGUCAUCUGUCGUCAAGGAAUAUAGCACAUUUCAUUUCCGGGUUACAGAGUCGUUCACGUGUGUGGUACUGCAAGAAGUGUUUCACGCGUGGUAACGAGGUUAGCUGAUAAUGUUGUUUCUUACCAAUCCAUUUGAAGUAUAAAACAAACCUGACAGUUCAUAGCAUAACAAGUAUUUUAAUAAGAGUCGUCAGUGGUUAAUAAUAAUAUUUCCGUCACGUCAUCCUAGUCACUGGGAUCUCUAAAGAAUUAAGAUGACAAAAUCUAAGACUGCAGUCAAAGUCAAAAAACACAAGGACAAGGAAAAGGAAAAGGAGCGUAGCCUUGAAGACGUGGCCACGGAUGAGGUCACGAAUAAGGAAGGGGGGCCCAUUGUCACUAAAAGAAAGAAAAAGAAAAAAGAAGAAAGUGAGCAAAGUCAUAUAGUUGAAGGCGAGGCAGUGAAGAAAAAGAAAAAAAAAUUGGAAAAGAAAGUGGACAUAAACUCUGAAGAUGAUGUACCUCGAGGCCAUGAAGGUGGAACACCAAAGAAGAAGAAGAAGAAGAAAAAAAGAAAAGCUGAUGAGAAUAACGGUGACAACAGAGAGAAUGGAGCUGAGGACACUGAUGAACAGAACGCAGACGUUGAGGGAGGCGUCAGUGUUGAGAGAGAGGCCAAGAAGAGGAAGAGGAAGGGUGCUGCUAAUUCUGAAGAGACAUGUAUGGAAUUAGAAGACUCCACUCAAGAGAAAAAAGAAAAGAAGAAGAAGAAGAAAAAGAAUAGCUUAGAGAAAGAUGUAACAAGUAACAUAAAACAAACAGAACACAAAAAAGGGAAAAAGAAAACGACAGACUGCAGUUAUUUGAAGGAUACGGCAAACACUGACACAGGAUCCGACCUAGAAAUAUUAGAAGAGAAAACGUGGACGGCAAGACAAAAAAGGGCAAAAAGAAAACCGAUAUUUCGGUAAAUACUGAAACGCACGAGCUGAAGAACAACCACGCGCAUGGGGAAGAGAAAAAAAAGAAAAAAGAAAAAGGGAGUCCGUGAAGAGGAACAUGCCCAAGCACUUCUCGUUAAGGAGCAGGAGGAAGGAGAAGCCAGUGAAACCGCUGCUGUAAAUGGGAAGAAAAGAAAGAAGAGCAAAAAGGAUUUAGCUGAGACGAGUAUAGUAGAGACACCAACGCCGAAGAGAAAGAAACUAUCUGAAGAGAGCACUCCAGCUUCGGCAGUCAAGAAGAGAAAGCAAACUACCUGAAGGGAGCGCUCCAGCUAAAGAAAUCAAGAAGGAAAAGGAUAUCGGGGCAGAGCCUGCCAUGGAGGUGACCGAAGUGGUCUUUUUGUCAGAGAGGCCUGGUAACAAGGAUGAAAUUUUGAUUGACCAGGAACGAAGAUUGGCCCUUCAAAGAGACAUUGACAAGGAAUCACAGCCAAAACCGGCUUUGGGGCAGUGGGGCACCGCCCAGUUUGACAGUUCCGACCAACAGCAGAAAUUCUUGCGGCUGAUGGGUGGCUUCAAGAAAGGCAAUCAGCCAGGCACAUCAAGUGUUGGGGCGCGACCAAACAUGGCACUCGGGAAAGAGGGGCAACAGAGCUUGCAGCAAAAACUCCUGGGACAAUUUGAGUCUGCGCAAAAUCGUAGAAAAGACUUUACAAACAAAGGGGCAGGACUUGGGUUCAGCGCACCAAGCAAUAACAAGUUCUCUAUUGAUGUAAAUGCCAGCCGCUCAAUGAAGUUUGACGACUGACCAUUCACAUCCAUUCAGUUGCAUGGGACUAACGUUUAACACUGGGAUGAACAGGCCUGAUGUUUGCCUGGCUGAUGAAAAACAGGUCAUCUCUCUUGAAGAGUAGGUAUUUGUAUUGCUUUUCAACAAGUAACGCCUUCCUGUUGGCCCAGUUCAGAAGGCCUUUACAAGCAUCUCAGGAAUCAUCUUCACCUAAAUUAGCCUGCUUUUCAUAGCCCUGCUACAUUAAAUGCACAUUCCUGUUUGUGCAGUGGCAAUAUUGUCUGUGAUGUUUAUGUUAAUUCUGUAAUUUUCUGUGAUGGAUCAUUAGACU